AAGGAGUCGCACGUGAGCAAGCAGUGAUAGAGCUGGCAUUUUUAUACUACGAAUAACAAAGAUCAUCUCUUCAAUUUCUCUCUCUCUCUCUCUCUCUCUCUCUCUCUCUCUCCCUCUCCUUAUCUUCCAUUGAAGCUCUCUCUCAAGUACUGGUAUUCCUUUUUUGUCAGCAAAUUACAAUUCCAGGAAUCCUCGUGCGUACAGAAACUUUAACAAGGGAGUUCCAAAAUUUUUAUUCAUCAGACCAACAAAAUUGUUAGCUUCUUUGUUUCUAUUAUCAACUUAAUAUUAUUAUUAUUAUUGCAUCCUUUUUGUCUAGUCCAUUUUAAUAAUAAACAGUGGACCACACCUUUCCCCUGCAUAUCUUGCCUUUUAAGUACUCCUUUCCCCCAUAAUUCUCUCUUUUUCUUUUUCUUUUUCUUUUGCUUCAUUUCCUCCCUCCCUUCAUCUCUCUCUUUCUCUCAGACUGAGAAAAUUGUUCUCCAUACUUGGGAGCAUGCCUGAAUGUCCAGAGAAAGGGAGAGAUUUGAGGAGAUAGGCAAGAAGAUCAAGAGAGAAGCAGAUGUUUCAUCUCAUCAUCAGAUGGGAAGAAGACACAUGUUGGGUCCUCCUGGAACCCUAAAUACUAUUACACCAUGUGCAGCCUGCAAACUCUUGAGGCGUAGGUGCGCUCAGGAAUGCCCUUUUUCUCCAUAUUUCUCCCCCCAUGAACCCCAAAAGUUUGCUUCUGUUCACAAAGUCUUUGGUGCUAGCAAUGUCUCAAAGAUGCUUAUGGAGGUACCAGAGAGCCAAAGAGCUGACGCGGCUAAUAGUCUUGUUUAUGAGGCUAAUGUGAGGCUAAGAGAUCCUGUUUACGGGUGCAUGGGUGCAAUUUCAGCUUUGCAGCAACAAGUUCAAUCUUUACAAGCUGAACUAAAUGCAGUAAGGGCUGAGAUACUUAAAUACAAGUGUAGGGAAGCUAACCUUGUACCCUCUUCCCAUGUAGCCUUGCUCUCUUCCGGGAUUGUUUCAGUUGCUGCACCACCACCAUCAACCCCAACACAGCCACCGCCUCCGCCACCACCUCUUCCUCUUCCUCAUACUUCCACUUCUUCCAUGUAUACCCAACCUACCAGUGCUGCAGACUAUAGCACGAUUUCAAAUGAUCACAACGUUUCCUACUUUUGAUAAAAGUAUUACCUAGACUGAAAUUAAAAUAUCCCAUUUAUUUUUCUAUAUUAUGAAGCAACAUGGAAUAAAAAGAGGAAGAUAUGAGUAUUUUUGUUUCUUUGCUUUGUUUUAUUUAGUCACUCAAUUAAUUACUGUCUAGCUUGCCUUGCUCCACAAUUGAAGUCCAUAUAUGCCUUUACCUAUAAUUGUUGGUUUGGUUAGGUUGAUGUGUUUCUUUCUUCUACAUUGUUUUCUUAUCAUUUAUUAAAUUUCUUGGUUUCCACUUCUCUUUAUUGCUUUCCUUAAUGAAUAAUACGGCCACCACCAUACAGGGAAUGGAUCUAUAGCCACAAGAAUUAAUUGCUUUUUUCCAUAGUGGCAUCAUGUGAAGUACAUCCAUAACACCAACUUCUCAUGUAUUAAGCUUCUCUUUUUUUUUUUUUGUUAGGAGUAAUGUUUAGGCUUUUUUAAGCUUCUGUUUUAAUUUCCUUCUUUCGUGAAGAAAAUAAAUAUUAGUGAAAUGAGAUAUGAACCCUAGAAGUAAAGUAAAUGGCAGAUACUAGUUGAAUUUUUUAUUGUGUGUGUUGGGAAAAGAAACAAGUGGUGAACUCAAUGCACAUGAAGGACAGACUGUGAGCACAUGCUAUUCUGUGCCAUUGAAUGAUCUAAUGUUACAUAAAGUUGGGAGGGGAGACAAAAGGUAUUGUUGUGAUCAUCCCCAUGCAGGUUAGAAAUUUCUAAGGAUUUUUUUUUUGUGUGUUGAUUGUUGAAGCAUAUGCAAAUAAAAUCUGUUUUCUCAUUUAUAACUCCUUUUACGUCACUUCUUACUUUUUGGCUUGUAAUG